AUGUCCUUAGUCCGCCCCUUGUUCGUGGUCGCUGGUAUCGGCAAUGGCACCGGCACCGGAGCUGCAACCGCCCGUCUCUUCGCCAAAUCUGGCUACAGAGUCGCCCUUAUCUCUCGAGGACCAGAGUACCUCGAUAAACUCGCUGCAGAGAUCAACCAAGCAGGCGGAGAGGCUGCAGCAUUCCCUCUUCAAAACUACACCACAGCAUCCAUCAAGUCAGCGUUCGCUUCCCUCAAGUCUCGCUGGCCAUCAUCCCCUCUCCGUGUCGCGGUCUUCAACGCGGGCUACGGUGUUUGGAAGCCAUUCCUUGAUAUCACGGAAGACGAAGUUCGUGAGUCGAUCGACACUAACAUUUUAGCGGCUUUUGCCUUUGCACGCGAGGCUCUUCUUGAGUUCACAAAGCUCGAGCUUGAGACCGCGAAUGAGGGCGGAGUUGCUGGCAAUGCUCGUAAAAGGGGCACCCUUAUUUUCACUGGCGCAACGGCUUCUAUCCGAGGCAACGUCCUGACCUCUGCAUUUUCUGCGAGCAAGUUCGGGAUAAGGGCCUUGUCGCAGAGCUUAGCCAAGGAGUUCGCCAAGAAGAAUAUACAUGUCGCUCAUAGUAUUAUCGACGGCACCAUCAUCACUGAGCGCACCAAAUCUCAGCGCAACAACCCUUCUUGGGAGGCUGAUCAGGACGUUCGACUUGAUCCUGAUUCUAUUGCCAAGUCGUACUUGCACCUCGUCGAACAAGAUAGUUCAGCCUGGACUUGGGAAAUUGACCUGCGUCCUGCUCAUGAAAAGUGGUGA